AUGGACCCGCCGAACCACGCCAAGCCGGCGGGCCCCGCCAAUGUCGACCUCGUCCUCCUCAUCCCGCCCGACCAUCCCCAGCCGCAGCUCCACCCCAACCACCACCAGCCGCAGCAGCCGCCGAUGACGCCGACGACGCCGUUGCCGGAGGCCGCAAAACCUCCCCAAAACCCCGAGAAGACGGCCGCCUCGAGCCCCCACGCGCCGUCCUCGCGCCCGCCGCUGCCUCCCGCCUCGGCCGCGCUCCUCCGCCGCCGCUCGUCGCUCACCAAGCCCAAGUCCCGCUUCGUCGAGCCCGCGGCCCCGCCCUCCUCCGCCGCCGCCGCCGCGGCCUCCUCCACUUCGUCGCACGCCUCCCCCGCGCACCCCGCCGCCGCCGCAGGGGGCGGCUCGGGGGCGGCUUCCACGCCGCACACCCCCGCGGAAGCCGACGACGAGGAGGAGGUGUUCCCCAAGGAGGUCCGGCGCAAGUCGUCGGCGCGCUGCCGCCGCAGGAUGAAGCUGAGCGUGGAGCUCCUCGUGCUCGUCCUCUUCCUCGCGCUGCUCGUCGUCAGCCUCGUGGUGCGGCCGCUCAAGGGGGCUGGAUUCUGGGGCCUGGAGAUCUGGAAGUGGUGCGUCAUGGUCAUCUGCGUCUUCUCCGGCCACCUCGUCAGCCAUUGGGUCGUCACGCUCGUCGUCUUCCUCGUCGAGCGCAACUUCCUCCUCCGCAACAAGGUGCUCUACUUCGUCUUCGGCCUCAAGAAGAGCGUCCAGGUCUGCCUCUGGAUCGGGCUCGUGCUCAUCGCCUGGUCGCAGCUCUUCGACCGCGACGUCGGGCGAUCGGCCAAGACGGCCAGAAUUCUCAAUUAUGUGUCCAGGUUUCUCGCCUCCGUGCUCAUUGGAUCAGUCAUUUGGUUGGUCAAGACGUUCCUCAUGAAGGUGGUGGCAUCCACGUUCCACCGGAAGGCGUUCUUCGAUCGGAUUCUGGAGAAUGUGUUCGAUCAGUACGUCCUGCAGACGUUGUCGGGGCCGCCCGUGAUGGAGCUGGCAGAAAAUGUGGGCCGGGAGGGUAGUGGUCUUGGGCGGGUGAGCUUCACCAAACCGAAGGAGGAGAAAGGCUCGCCGGGUGUGAUUGACGUGAUGAAACUGAGGAAGAUGAGCCAGGAGAAGGUGUCGGCGUGGACGAUGAAAGGGUUGAUGGCGGCAAUCGGAAGCUCAAGGCUGUCAACGAUAUCUAAUACGAUCGAGAGCUUUGAUGAUGUUGAUGGCAUGGAGCAGAAGGAUAAGGAGAUAAAUAAUGAGUGGGAGGCAAAGGCAGCUGCAUCUGCCAUUUUCAAGAACGUCGCAAGACCCGGCUAUAAGCACAUUGAGGAGGUGGAUCUGCUAAGAUUUUUCAACAAGGAGGAGGUGGAUUUGGUGCUUCAAAGGUUUGAGGGAGCAUUUGAGACCAGGAAGAUAAAAAAGUCUGCACUGAAGAACUGGGUGGUAAAGGCAUAUCUUGACCGCAAAUCACUGGCACAUUCUUUGAAUGACACAAAAACAGCGGUUAUGCAACUUCACAAUCUGAUCAGGGUUUUAGUGAUUAUUAUAAUCAUUAUCAUCACUUUGUUGUUGAUGGGCAUUGCGACAACAAAAAUCCUCCUUGUCAUCUCGUCCCAACUUUUAGUUGUGGUAUUCAUAUUUGGAAAUGCCUGCAAGACUGUAUUUGAGGCUCUUAUAUUUGUAUUCAUCAUGCAUCCAUUUGAUGUUGGCGACCGCUGUGUCAUCGAUGGAAUACAGAUGGUUGUCGAAGAAAUGAAUAUAUUAACCACUAUUUUCUUGAAAAAUGACAAUGAGAAAGUAUAUUACCCGAACUCUGUAUUAUCAACAAAGGCAAUCAGCAACUUUUAUCGAAGUCCCAAUAUGUAUGACACCAUUAAUUUUACGAUUGAUGUUUCAACUUCAAUUGAGAGAAUUGGAGCUUUGAAGUCCAGAAUCAAGGGGUACAUAGACAGCAAACCGACGCACUGGUGCCCUAUUCACACCGUAAACUUAAAGGACAUCUUGGACGUGAACAAGAUCAACAUGUCGCUGUGUGUCCAGCAUACGAUGAACUUCCAGAAUAUCCGAGAGAGGAACCUCAGGAGAUCUGAGCUCGUCAUGGAACUAAAGAAACUGUUUGAGGAGAUGUCCAUCACCUACCACCUUUUGCCCCAAAAGGUUGAGCUUAGCUUUGUCGGCCCAAAUCCAAUACCCAUUGCUCUUCCACAAAGCAGAUAAACAAUGGGAAAGCUAACAACUGAUGACCGUACCAUGGUGGUCAAGGAGGCUGACAGCUAAUGACUUUACAGUUUGUACUGAUGUUCUUCAAAAUAUUUUUGUACAUGCCUAAGCCUCCUGUGGGAAUACUUUAGCGUAUGCAUUGUAUGGAAACGAUAAUUUGUGCCUGAUAUAUACGUUAUAUAUUCCACGUUGGGUCACUGAAAUUGGAAAGCUCGAUAGUUGGGUA